GCAGAAGUCAGCUUCUCUCUCGCACCGCUGCACUUGAAGAUGAGCCCUUGGACAAUUAUUUAAGGACUAGAAGCAGAAAGCAUGCUGAAAAGACUUACAGGAAUGCCACUCAAGACACAGUACUUGAGACAAUAUUCAAAACAAUAUUUUUCACAUUAUACUCAAGCUUAGCCUCCGGAGUUUCUUUCUAAAGGAUAACAUAGAAAGACUGCCAUCUGCACAGGAUUUAAAGGUUAUAGAUACCUCUCCAUAGAUAUUGCUGCAUUCAAGAAGACAAGCACGCAUUCAACAGAGAUGUCUUCAAGCAAGCCCUUGAAAUACUUUCCUAUGUUCAAAAUCAAACAGGGAAAUUAAGGUUGACCACAGAGGCCAGGCUGAAAGCUAUGCCCACAGCCAUUUGAAAGGGAAACAAGCAAAAAAGAAAUAACUGGAGCUAACUCCCUGUGUUACAAGAGAGGUAAAGAACAAAGAAAAAAACAGCACAAGAAUCAUGAGAGAUCGCCUCCAGGAGCUUAAACUCCGAGCCAAAGAACUACAAACAGCUGGAGAAAAUAACUGUCCACCUGUACAAGACGAGCAGGAAGAGAUUGAACAGCAGGCCAUUAUUUAUGAAAGGGAGCCUAUAACCGAAAGGCACUUCCAUGAAAUCCAGAAGCUUCAGAACGAGAUUAAUAAUUUGGUGGAGGAAGUUCAAAAAUUCAGUCAACAACAAAAAAGUCUAGUAUCUUCAAUGAGAAGGUUCAGUGUUCUUAAAAAGGAAUCUAACACAGCAAGAGAAAUAAAAAUUCAAGCAGAGCAUAUACGAAAAGGUUUGGAUGAACUGUCAAAAACAGUGAAAAAAGUUGAAAGUGAAUAUGGGAUUUCACGUGCCAUAGUAAGAAUUCUAGCUUCCCAGCACACUUUCCUGUCCCGCUGUUACCUAAAUGCUAUGCUUUCAUACAAUGAAGCUAUAACAGCCAAGCAAGAUAAAUGCAGAAGAUUUAUUGUUCGUCAGCUUGAAGUAGCUGGUAAAGAGGUAUCUGAGGACGAAGUCAAUGAUAUGUUCCAACAAGGAAAAUGGGAGAUUUUCAAUGAAAAUCUACUCACUGAAGCCAAAAUUACUAAAGUUCAGCUUUCAGAGAUUGAACAGAGACACAAAGAACUGAUCAGCCUAGAGAGUCAGAUCAAAGAUCUGAAGGAACUUUUUAUUCAGAUAUCAGUUCUGGUGGAAGAGCAGGGGGAGAUGAUCAACAACAUUGAAAUCAGUAUGAACAACACUCAGGAAUACACCCAAAUAUCUAGAGAAAAAUUUGGACUUGCAGUCAGGUAUCGAAAAAGACACCCUUGCAAAGUAAUAUGCUGCUGGUGUUGCCCGUGCUGCAAGUGACAAAGGAAACAACCUUUGUAAGCAGCAGCAGUUCCUAUGCAGUAAACUGAACUUAUCAACCAAUCCCAGGAUUCUUUUAUUGCUUCAUUUUCUUCCCUUUUCCCCUUCCACAUAUCCACUGAGGAAAAAUUGCACCUGUUUUUCCAAACUGAGUUCAAAGAUUGAAACGAGAUCUUCACCUGUGCCUAAAUUUUAUGGCUUCCACAGAAACGCAUGAACUAGAGAGGAAAAGAUCAAAGGAGACAAAUGACAUUUUCUUGUUCUUCCACUCAUAAGAAGCGUCAACAAUGCAAUGUGUCAACAUGCCAUCUGUGCUUUUGGGAAACAUCAAAAUUAUUGUAAACCUCAGAAAGGAUUCACAAGACCAGUUGGAUUACCUUUUAUAAAAAAAUAAUUAGUAUUCUUUUAAUUGCUGUGGGGUUUUUUUUUUGCUGUUCUUGUUUGUUCAAGUGCUCGUAUUUACUUGGUUCAAAUUUCAUUUUUUUCUUCCCUAAGAACUUGAAGUAGUACAAAUAGAAGUAACACACAAAGCAGACAAUCUCAGUAACAAUCAAGAAACUGAUGCAUAAACUUUUCUGUCUUCUUGUUUGGUUAUCAAGACUAUUUGAGUAUUGAUUCUAUAGGAAGUUACUUACAGGCCACUCUGGCAAGAGGAAAUAAUACUGAUAUUACAAUAGAACAACAUGCACUGCUUUGGGGCAUGCAGAACACACUGAGUUAUUUAUUUUAAUAAUGCAUUCCUGUAUUUCUUACAGAGAUUUCUUAAAGGUUUUGAGAAGGUAUUUUCUGAAAACAUUAAAGAACAUUAAAAGAC